UUGUAUCUGCUCCAUUUAUCCAACAAUUUUAAAGUAAUGUUUGAAGAGCCAAACAAAGCUUGCAUCUCCGAUCCUCUCUAGCUCUCGCGAUGGCUAGACGUACCUCUGUGAAGAGCAUUAACGAUGUUAACCUUCCUGCCUACCUCCUCAAGGAUAUGUCUAUGGAGCUACUCAAGACUCUGGACGGUCAGGAUGAGGGUACCUUCUACGAGUUCUUCCAGGAGCUACAACUGGGGGAUGUGAAGACAGCACGAGGCGAAUGUGAGAGACUACAGGAUAUGAACCGUGAGCUAGCACUACAGAACACGGACAGAGAACCACAGUUCACUCAAGCCAAGGAAGAGUUGAGAUGCCUCGUGACUGAAGCAGAAGAGCUGAAGGCAGACUAUGAUCAGGGAUACAAUGAACUCAAGAGGCUACAGAGUCGCACUGUUCAUAGUGUGUGUGUUUAUGUAGAGAGGCUACAGAGUCGCACUGAGCUGACCACUCUCAGGAAGCAGCUACAGGAAGCCACCAAGACCUCCGAGGACUCAUCAGAAGAUUUUGCUACUGAGUUUGUGAAUGGUAAAUCUUCUCUAACAGUUGAUGAGUUUGUAGAGUCACUAGUGAAGCAACGCUCAGAGUACUGGUUGAGGAAAGUGAAGCUCAGCAAGUUUGAUGAGUUGAGUAAGAACAGACGUCCUGUGCCAGUCCCUAGGACACGACGACCUCCUGAAGCCACACCCCCUAUGUCAUCACUACAGUCUGUGGGGUCUCCUGGUAGGAUAUCAGAGGGAACCACCAACUCUCUGCCCCCCUAUCCCAUGGCUCCUCGUGGCAUGCCCUCUCAACAACCAUUCCCAGCAGCAGCCUAUCCUGGAUAUCAACAGGGAGGCUAUCGCCCUCCAGUGGCCCAGGGCUACCCCCCUCCAGUGGCACCAGGCUACCCACGACCUGGCUAUCCUCCUGUACGACCCACUACUGGUUACUCCCAAGCCCCUCCACCAAGGCCAUCUUCAUACAACCAAUACAGACAACAUAGAUACUAGUUCUUGUGUAUGUGCGUGUGUGUUAGCAUUGUCAUAUGCUUGUGCUGUAUUUGGUCUUGUGUACACUAAUUAUGUUUGCACACG